AUGACUCGUGGACCGACGAUAGUGCGUGUGGCGCCCACCACCGGUAACGGUGGGAGAGGCAUCAAGUGCUGCUGUUGUCGCUGCUGCGAGUGCUUCAACUUUGGAUAUCUAACCUCACAACAUGGAAUCAUCAAAUUAUCUGAAGCUAUGUUAGGAGGACUAUGUCAAAGCUUGCUCGUGAAGUACGGAAUGGCAGAAGCCAGCGCUAUGGGGUCGGCAUUCCACGGAUUUCUGACCACAGCUUCGGCCUGUCUGCUCACCACGUCCCUCCUCAUCACAUGCUACGUGCUCUCUUCUAAUUCUCAACAUUUGAUAAGACAAUCAAUAUUCGAAUGUGUCUUCAACUCGGUGGCAUGCUUCAUGUACUUAUCUGCCUCUUCCUACAUGGGUGUAGCUGUUAACAUAUAUUUGUAUCCAAGAUAUUCGUUAAUCAGCAUGUACGCAGCGUAUCCUGCGAUGACUGCCGUAUACUAUAUUGGCGUCAUAGUUGGUAUUGUUCACGGCGCGGACGCAUAUAUUUCGUAUAAGUACCACAAGGGUAUUCGAUAA